AUGUUCCAUGCGAGAUGCAGGAUCAACCACAAUAAUAUUCAAGUGCAUUUUUAUCUUUCCUACUUUCGUUGUGUGUUCAAUUCACAUCCUUAUACCACAAUCUCCUCUCGUUCUUUUGCAUAUACCCCUUGGAAUCAUUCUUCACAAACAGAAAACAAUACUUUGCUUUCAGACAAAGUUAGAACCGGAAAAAGUACUUCGACGGUUGCCGACUCUUCUUCUCUUUCAACUCAAAGUUCGAAAAGGUCGAAUCGUGCAUUUAUGAAUAAACACAACAAUGCUGCACGUAAGGAAAAGAAGCCCGAAAGUCAUUCUUUGCGUCAAUACAUAUUUAAUUCUUCAAGUUUUUGUAACCUACAGCAUACAAGAAAACUUUUAAUAAUGGCUUCUGAUCGGAAUAAAGCUUACCUUAAGCCUCGUGAUCCACCAUGCCAAACCGCUAAGAUUCUUUCGUUGUACGACAAACAAAUGUAUAGACGAUCACGAAAUCUAUACGACGUAUUUCAAGGUAAAGAAGAUUUGUUGAGUCUCGCUUGGUUUCAAACACUUCUAUACCCGUUGCUAACUUCUACAUAUGAAAUUAAUGCCUAUGUGAACACAGUGACUCAAGAUGCAACACUUCCCGAUUAUUUCCGUGAUAGAAGCUUAGAGGUGAUUUUUUUUAGCUCUCUUUUUGAUCAUUUUUUGACCACCAACGAGUUUUAUCUCGUCAUAUACUACUAUUUAAUUGUAAGGAAAACUCCUCAAAUGGCUUUGCAAUUAUUACGGCAGUUAAAAAAUAUUGCCCUACCAGAAAACAACUUAAUCAAAUCUGCGUUUUUGGAAUGGAGCUUGCAAACUGGAAGAUUCGGAAUAGCAUAUCAAAUUUUUAGAGAGGAAUCGCUUUCUGUUUACCAUCCUUGUAAAACGUUCCUUAAUGUCCUAAAAAUGCACGGUACACCGGAAAUGCUUGAUUAUGUUGUCGCUCAGGAAAUGAAGAAUGCAAAAACAGAAAAAUCGUCAAAGAACCUGAAAUAUGCCGAUAAGAUAGAUUCUUAUUACUGGUUAAGUAAUCCGCUGUUAUAG